AUGAGGGACCUGUUCGACUCCUCAAAUCAUGCCUUAUGGGAGGAGAAAAUAAAGAAGGAGCUGGUUGCUCGGGUCACCUGGAAUAUCCGCUAUGGCCACAAGUACCUGAAAGAGAGAUCCAGGACCAGGAAGCAGCCCCGGCAGGCCUCCUUUGGGUCAGUCUUGAAGGCAGACCCAGUGCCAACCGCUGGCUCCCCUGUCAGAAAAGAGGCACAGUCGGGAUGGCUAGAGACCAAGGUGGUCCAGGACCAACUGUUCAAGCCUGGAGGUGUCCAGGGAGACACAGUGAGGCAGGCAAGGGGAGCCCCUCGGUACACAGCCGCCCAAGGCAGGCCAGAGAACUUAGAAAUGAGGCAACCCACCCCAGCCACUCUGAAGCUGCUCUUCCAAGGCAUCUCCCAUGAUGGCCAGGGCCGGACCCUAUACCUCAAGGAGCGGAAUCGACUAAUACCAGAGGAGAAGUACAAGUACCCGAUCGUGUCUUCCUGGGAGUAUGGCUGGCACGUGGGGGACGCCAUGAAGGAUUCCAAUAUCCCAGCUCAUGCCAGAACUCAUUCCAUCGCAAAUACAUUUUACACCAAAAAGGGCAUUUUCCAUGUUUCACGGAGAUCAGAUGACUUCAUGUGA